AGUGUCUUUUUGAUAAUGUUUAUCACAUUAUUCCUGUUGCUAUUAAAAACAAUUAGUGGGAACACAAGUUUAAGUGCUAACGUAAUACUAAUAAUAACAGAUGAUCAAGAUGUACUAUUAAAUGGUUUGAAACCCAUGUCAAAGACUGUGAAGCUACUUGGAAAUAAAGGAGUUAUUUUUGAAAAUGCUUAUACAAAUUCGCCUAUCUGUUGUCCAAGUAGGAGCACCAUUUUAACAGGAAAAUACUUACACAAUACCGGAGUUGUUAAUAAUUCACUGUCAGGGAACUGCUCAAGUGUUUUGUGGCAAAAAAUGCAUGAGCCCCAUUCAGUGGCUCCCAUUUUAAAAAAACACAAAGAAUAUGUCACUUUUUAUUCUGGCAAAUAUUUAAAUCAGUAUGGCCAUAAAUCUGCAGGGGGUACAAGACAUGUUCCUGAAGGAUACGAUUGGUGGAUUGGCCUAAAAGGGAAUUCUAUCUAUUACAAUUAUACUUUGUCAGUUAAUGGCACAGCAAAGUACUUUAAUGAUGAAUAUUUAACAGAUAUUUUGGUAAAUUUCCUUUUUUGCUUUUAUUUUCUCUUUAAGGCGAUUGUCAAUGAAAUAUGGUUGAGUUUGGUUGUUUUAUUUCAGAAAGAAUAUUCUUUAGACUUUCUAAAUCAAAAAUUUAUCACCCAAACUCCGUUUUUUAUGACGAUAGCAACGCCAGCUCCCCACCAGCCAUUUACCCCUGCAAACAGGCACAAGAAAAGUUUCCCUGGAACAAAAGUAAUUCAUACACCGUCAUUUAAUUUCUCAUCAAAAGGGAAACACUGGAUCGUUGGAAUGCCCCCAAAAACAUUACCUGAGGAUGUAUCUGAACUAGACAAAUUCCAAAAAUUACGAAUGCAAAGUCUUUUAGCUGUAGACGAACUUGUAGAAAGUAUUAUUUACAAAUUAGAAACCUUAAAUUUGCUAAAGAGUACUUUUUUAAUUUUUACAUCAGAUAAUGGUUACCAUUUAGGUCAAUUUACUCAACCUUAUGAUAAAAGACAGCCUUAUGAAACUGAUAUAAAAAUCCCAUUGAUGAUAAGGGGGCCCAAAAUUAAAAAGAAAAGCAUAUUUAAAAGACCAGUUUCUUUAGUUGACUUGGCUCCAACUAUUUUGGAAAUGGCAAAUAUUAAAGGAACUGAUUACCAAUACCAAAUGGAUGGAAAAUCGUUUUUGAAAAAUAUCAAAAAGUUUGGGGAACCCUCAGAAAAUGAUAAAGUUUUUGUGGAAUACUUUGGAGAAACGAAUGAAAGGGAAUUUCAUGAAGAAUGUGACUUUAUAACAGAUCCUGAUGUUUCUCACUGUACUCAAGAUGCUUGGUGUAAAUGCAGUGAUUCAAAGAAUAACACUUUUACCUGCGUGAUAACCUUUUUAAAUAACAAAAGCAUCAAAUUCUGCAAAUUUCAGGACAACCAGAACUUUACCGAAGUUUAUGACUUAAAAACCGACCCCUACGAAUUGCAUAAUAUUUUUGAGAACUUUAAUAAGUCUUUAAGAAAAUAUUAUGAAGAAUUGUUGGAAACUUUCAAGAAUUGCAAGGGAAAUCAGUGCAAUUUUUAAGUUAUACAUUGAAAUAAAAAAAUGUUCAA